UCAUCUCCUGUGUUUCUACAGCAUGCUCAUUACUGUAAUGUACAUCAGACUGAGAACCAGGAGAUCAGAAGAGCUGACGCUGACCUAUGUUCCAAUGCAGCAAAAUCGCUUCAAACCCAUGAAGAAACGACACAAUGCAGACAAAAAUGCAGAAUACAUGGACAUGCGCCGGGUGCAGCAACUGGCAGGGACCAUCAGAGAUGUGAACCACAACUCGCAUUCAAAUGGUUCGAUGUGUGGUUUGUACUGUGCCAUCCAGAAACCACCCACUCUACCAGCUGAACAGAUGUUAUCUAUGUUUUAAGUAAAUCUGCAUUAACAAAAUCAUAGGUAUGACAGUACUGGGUAUUGAGUUUAGUACUUUGUUCAUCCCAACAUAACAGCAGAAGUUUCUCUUAUAAUGCUUGAUGUAA